AUGUCCUCUCCCCGGCGUCUUCGUACCGCAGUAUCUGGUCUUGGCCGUAUGGGAUCACGCCAUGCUUUACACUUCCUACAUCGAGUUCCACGGGCAGAACUAGUUGCUGUCUUCAGUCCCGACCCCAAAGAAAUCUCCUGGGCCAAAGAACAUCUCGAACCAUGGGGUGUGACGCUGUACACAGAUUAUGAGAAGAUGCUGAGGCAUGAGAGUCUUGAGGCGGUGGUUGUAGCAACGGUAACAACUGUCCAUGCCGAGCAGACAAUUCAGGCGAUUGAAUCAGGGAUGCAUGUGCUUUCUGAGAAGCCUCUGAGCACCCAGUUGGAUAUCUGCGAAAAAGUCCUCACAACCGCCCGCGCCCACCCUACCCAGAAAGUAAUGUGCGGUUUCUCUCGCCGCUUCGACUCCUCCUACAUCCGGGCCCACGCCCUCGCCUCCUCCGGCUCCAUCGGCCGCCCCACAAUCCUCCGUAGCCAAACCUGCGACAAAUACGACCCUUCUGGCUUCUUCGUCCAAUACGCCCAAUUCUCUGGCGGCAUCUUCGUUGACUGCAACGUCCACGACAUCGGCCUGGCCUUGUGGUUCUUCUCCUCCAACGAUUUCGAACUCCCACGAGUAAAAUCCGCCGUGGCAUUCGGCGUCACAGCGCUAGAACCGGACCUUGCUAAACACGGAGACGUCGAUAACGGGAUCGGCGUCGUAGAAUUCUACUCCCAUCAAAUCGCCUACUUCUACUCCUCGCGCAUGAACCCGCCUGGUCAACACGACACCACCGAAAUAAUCGGCACCAAAGGUAAACUCUCCAUCAACGCAAAUCCCACCACAAAUCUCCUUGAAUCGCACUUACCCACCGGCAUCCAUCGCGAUAUCCCGCAGAAUUAUUACGAAAGGUUUGAACACGCGUUUGUGGAGGAGGCGCGGCAGUUUACAGAUGCGGUGUUGGAUGGGGGGGAGGUGCCGGUGGAUUUGGAAAGUAGCGUUGAGGCGGUUAGGAUUGGGUGUGCGUUGCAGGAGAGUGUGAGGAGUGGGAAGAAGAUUUGGUUUGAUCGGGAGGGGAGGAGGGUGGAUGAGGAGAGGAUGGUUGGGGUUAGAUUGUAA